AUGUGGGAGAAUGGAGAAGAGUUUGAGAUCAUUGAGGAAGAUGGAGAAGAAGAAGUGGCGGAUGAAAAUGUUAUUGAAGUAGGAGCAGUGAAGAAUUUGAACAUAGAGCUAUCCAUUAAUUCGGUGGUGGGGUUGACCAAUCCGGGAACGAUGAAGGUGAAAGGAAAGGUGAAGGAUGAGCAAGUGGUGGUGCUGAUUGACUGUGGGGCUACCCACAAUUUUAUAUCCGAAAAAUUGGUAACCAACCUGAAUCUACCGUUGAAAGCUACAACCAAUUAUGGGGUGAUUUUGGGUUCAGGAGCAGCCAUUAAAGGGAAAGGAAUUUGUGGGAAAGUAGAGGUACUAUUGGGCGAUUGGAAGGUGGUGGACAGUUUCUUGCCACUUGAGCUGGGUGGUGUUGACGUCAUACUUGGUAUGCAAUGGUUGCAUUCUCUUGGAGUGACUGAAGUGGAUUGGAAGCAUUUAGAGAUGUCCUUUCAGCACGGAGGAAGAAAGGUCAUAAUACGUGGAGACCCAAGCCUUACUAAGAAGGGAGUCAGUUUGAAGAGCAUGAUGAAAACUUGGGAAGGAGACGACCAAGGUUUUUUGGUGGAAUGCCGAUCUAUUGAGGGGAAGGUACCAGUGGCAACAUUUUACGAAGAAGAGUAUGAGACAACCGUAGAUAAUUCCAUUCCUCCAUUGUUAAAGAAAUUUUUAGAUGUGUUUGAAUGA